AUGAGCCCUUCUGGGAGAAAGAUGGGAGAAGGGCGUCAGCAGCGGGGAGUUCCCGUCUGGGAGCGCCUACCGCUCCGCGGGAGGAGAGGGUCACCCCGAGGGAUGCCGGGCGGUGGCAGCCGCGCCAGGGCGCAGCGCUCCCUGUUCGGCCUCUUGGUGCACGCGUGGUUGUGGGCGUCCUCGGGCUCAUCUGCCCAGGUAUUUAACCUCAGCCUUUCCGUGGACGAGGGGCUUCCGCCGGACACACUGGUCGGUGACAUUCGGGCCGGGCUGCCAGCCGCGCAGCAGCAGGAGGGGGGCGGUUUCUUUCUGUCGGAGGACUCUGAUGACUCUCCGCUGCUGGACGACUUCCACGUGCACCCCGACACCGGCAUUAUCCGCACAGCCCGGUGCCUGGACCGCGAACAGCGGGACCACUACAGCUUUGUAGCUGCCACUCUGCUGGGCGCUGUGGUGCAGGUGGAGAUCCGAGUCAAUGACGUGAAUGACCACUCGCCCCGUUUUCCCCGGGACUCGUUGCAACUCAACGUAUCCGAGCUCAGCCCACCAGGUACUGCCAUCCGCCUGCCAGGUGCCCACGACCCAGACGCCGGGUUGUUCAGCACACAGGGUUACACCUUGGUGCAAUCGUCCGACUUGCCUAAGAACCCCGCAGGACCAUUCUUCCAGUUGCGCUAUGGGACUCCGGGGCCACCACCAUCGCUGCCCCUGGAACCCCUAGACUUGGUGCUGCUGCGGCGCUUGGACCGCGAGGAGCUGGAGGCACACGAGCUGUGGAUUGAAGCAUGGGACGGUGGCAUCCCACGACGCACGGGUCGCCUGCGCGUGGAACUGCGCGUACUGGAUGAGAACGACAACCCGCCAGUUUUUGAGCAGGGCGAGUACCGCGCUGUAGUACGGGAGGACGCCCAGCCGGGCGCUGAGGUGUGUCGUGUGCGCGCCACAGACCGAGACCUGGGACCUAAUGGCCAAGUGCACUACAGCGUCCGCGCCCGGCAAGUGCCCGGGACCGGUGGAGGUAGCGAACCAGUAGGCGAUGCGGCCUACUUCACUGUGGAGGAGCUGAGCGGCGUGGUGAGGGUGCGGAGACCUCUAGACCGCGAGACGCAGGCCUGGCACCAGCUGGUGGUCGAGGCUCGAGACGGAGGCGCAGAGCCUGAGAUCGCCACGGUGCGCGUGUCCAUCGCGAUACUGGACGUGAAUGACAACCCGCCCACUAUUCACCUGUUGUUCCUUACUGAGGGAGGCGCGGCCCGUGUCUCUGAGGGUGCUGGACCUGGCGAUUACGUGGCUCGCGUCUCCGUGUCCGAUGCAGAUGGUGACCCUGAAAAGGAAGAGGAUGCCACCGGGGAGCUUGGAGUGGGCCUUGGGGGAGGGAGCAUCUCGCUGUCCUUAGAGGGUGGGGAGGGAGCCUUUGCGCUGCAGCCAGGUGGACCUCCAGGAGUAUUUUUCCUUUGCGUUGAGGGGCCCCUGGACAGGGAAAGCCGUGAUCUGUAUGAGUUGCGACUAGUGGCCACUGAUGCGGGGUCUCCUCCGUUGAGCAUGGUGGAGACUCUGCUGCUCUGGGUCGCUGACCUCAAUGACCAGCCGCCUCACUUCACCCAGGAGCAUUACCAGGCCUCUGUGUCCGAGGCUGCAGCCCCGGGCACUGCAGUAGUAUGGGUCAGCGCCUCCGAUGAGGAUGAGGCUGGCACUGAUCACUCCCUGCUGCGCUAUGCGCUGGUCCAACUCUUGGCUCCCUGCAACCCAGAGGCCCUGCCGCCCAGCGCAGAAUGCGAGCCUUCAUUCACCAUCAAUCCAGAAAGCGGUGUGAUCAGCACUAUACGAACUCUAGACCGAGAGACCCAGGAGACUGUAGAGCUGAGAGUAGUGGCCCAGGACCUUGGAGAGCCCCCACUCUCUGCUACCUGUCUGGUGACCAUCACUGUGGAUGACGUGAAUGAUAACGAGCCCAUCUUCCGGAGGCAGGUGUAUAAUGUCACCCUUGCAGAGCAUGCCCCAGUUGGACACUGCUUUCUGCAGGUAAAAGCCUCCGAUGCAGAUGCAGGAGCCUAUGGCUUUGUUCAGUAUUCUCUUUAUGACGGAUUCCAAAGCGAUGAAGCCCCUCCAGCAUUCCGGAUCGACCCACACGAUGGGCAAAUCUGUGUGUCUCAAGAUAUUGACAGGGAAAGGGAUCCUGCCACCUUUGAUCUCCUGGUGAAAGCGAAGGAUGGGGGAGGGCUAAGUGCCCAGGCUUUUGUUCGUGUGGAACUAGAGGAUGUGAAUGACAAUCAUCCUGUGUUUGACCCAUCGACCUAUGUGACAAGCAUCAGUGGCCAGACCCAGCCAGGCACUGAGAUCAUCAGUGUCCGCGCCACGGACAGGGAUUCUGGGACAUAUGGCACGGUGGCUUACGAACUCAUUCCGGGAGACCUGUCAUCCCUCUUUACCAUUGACUCCACCACAGGGAUUAUUUACUUAACAUCAUCUCUUAGUCAUUUGGAACCGACUACUCUUUUUUUGAUGGCCUGUGCCCAAGAUGGUGGUGGGCUUACAGCUGCAGUUAAUGCUGACAUCACCAUACACAUCCUCCAGACAGCUCUGGCACCUGCAGAAUUUGAAAGGCCUAAGUACACAUUCUCAGUUUAUGAAGAUGUGCCUGAAGACAGUCCUGUUGGAACAGUGAAAGCCAGAGAGUCCUUGAAUUCCUCAGAACCAAUCUUCUACAGGAUUUCCUCUGGCAACCUGGACGGAAAGUUCUCCAUUCACCCUUGGCUGGGCACUCUUCGCACCCAGAAGCCUUUAGAUCACGAAACGCAGCCCGUGGCUGUCCUCACGGUCCAGGCGCAGCUUGGCAGCUCCCUGGUCUGCAGCAGCACGGAAGUCAACAUCACCAUAGUGGACGUCAAUGACAACCACCCCGAGUUCCUCACAGCCUCUGAUGAGAUCAGGAUAUCGCAGACCACCCCGGCUGGCACGGCCGUGUACGUUGCACGUGCAGAAGACAAAGACAGCGGGCUGAACGGGCUCAUACGAUACAGCAUUGCCAGCCAGAACCCAGGCAUCUUCACCAUCGACCGAGGGCUGGGGGUGGUGUACCUCCGUGGGAGCCUGGGAGGGGAGGUCCUGCAGAAACACACCCUGACCCUCGUGGCAGAGGACCAUGGCGCCCCUCCCCGGGCCUCCCUGUUGAUGCUGACGAUAGUCAUCGAGAAACCAGAACAAACCCCAGCCUUGACUUUUGAAAACUUGGUUUAUCAAGUGGAAGUCAGUGAAUCUCUCUCGCUGACGACACAAAUACUGCGAAUACAGGCGCACCCCCAGCACACAACCUCGCAGACGAUGUACUCACUGGAGGCCAGUGUAGACGCUGCUGCGUUCGGCGUCCACCCCUACACGGGUUGGAUGUAUCUGCGGCGACAGCUCGACUAUGAAUCCACACGAACAUACCGCUUUAGAGUGUUCGCCGGGAUCCCGGAGGACAGAUCCUUGCAAAAUGUGAGCGCUUCAGUCAUUGUUCAUGUCCUGGAUGAGAACGACAAUUCCCCGACCUUCUCGCGUGAUGUGUUGUUUUUGAAAGUUGAAGAGAACCCUAUUCCCCCAGGGGUAAUAGGCAAAAUUACAGCCAUUGACCCAGACUCUGGAAAGAAUGGACAGCUAUCCUAUUUUCUUUUGUCUGAUGGAAAAUUCUUCGGGAUAAAUCCUAAUACAGGAGAAUUGAUCGGCUGGUUGGCAUUGGAUCGUGAGCAUCAGAUGCACCAUCAAAUGACUGUGCUGGUGACGGACCACGGCUCCCCACCACGAAAUGCCACCAUGGUGGUUUAUAUCACAGUUACCGACAUCAAUGACAACAGGCCAUUUUUCCCACAGUGUCUCCCUGGAAAGGAACUUCACAUCAAGGUUUUGGAAGGUCAACCAGUAAAUAUGUUGGUCACAACUGUUUUUGCAAAGGAUCUUGAUGAAGGAAGUAAUGCAGAAGUUCUAUAUUCAAUCUCUGCAGAAAAUUAUUCUGAUCACUUUAAGAUCGAUGCCAACAAUGGUGAAAUAAGAACCACCACGAUGCUUUCACAUGAUUAUCGACCUUCCUACAGGAUGACGGUUAUCGCCAGUGACCAGGGAGUACCUGCCCUUCACGGAGAGGCAAUUGUUAAUAUUCAGGUGAUACCACUCUACAAAGGGAGAGUUAUCAUUUCUCAGAACAUCAGACAUUUGGUUAUACCAGAAAACUUGAAGCCGGCAAAAAUAAUGAGCUUGAUAAAGUCACCCGAUCACCUUCAACAGCAUCACAAUGGAAAGCUACACUUUAUCAUUGCUGCCAAUGACAAGGAUAGUCACUUUGAAAUCGACAGCUCAACGGGAGACUUGUACCUUUCUAAGGCACUUGAUUAUGAAACGACAUCUCAUUACCUUUUCAGGGUGAUUGCUGAAGAUCGAGGCAAACAUCCUCCCCCGAACAGCACCGUCUUCCUCAGUAUUGAUGUGGAAGAUCAGAACGACCAUUCUCCAUCUUUCCAGGAUGAGUUCAUUGUGAUAAGUGUAGAAGAGAAUGUGCCGGUAGGAACUCUGGUGUACGAAUUCCAUGCCAAAGACGGUGAUGGCAGCUUUUUGAACAGUAGGAUACAAUACUUCAUUGAAUCCCACCAUCCUGGAAUGAAUCCAUUUCUCAUCCACCCCUCAUCUGGCAUGCUAGUCACCGCCUCCCCUCUGGACAGAGAGAGUACCCCAGCUGUCACUCUGACAGUAACCGCCUCCGAUCAGGCUGUGAACGUGACAGACCGGCGACUGAGAUCACUGGUAGCAAAAGUGGUGAUUUUGGAUGCAAAUGACCACAGGCCUACUUUCACGACUUUCCCCAUCUCCUAUGUCAGAGAGGAUGCUGCGGUGGGCUCCGUGGUGCACCACGUGAGUGCUCAAGAUCCAGAUGAAGGAAGGAAUGGAGAAGUAACAUACAGCAUCCUCUCAGGAAAUGACCACAUGACCUUCGUGCUGGAUGAGUCGUCAGGCUUACUAACUACAAUUCGUCCUUUGGAUUAUGAACUAAAAACUCAGCACAUUCUGACCCUUCUGGCCCUGGAUGAUGGCAUGCCAGCACUUUCUUCAUCACAGACCUUGACAAUUACUGUUCUUGAUGUAAAUGACCAUGCACCAGAAUUUAUGCAGCACCUGUAUGAAGCUUCAGUUAAAGAAAACCAACGUCCAGGGGCAUUUGUCACAAGGGUUGAAGCUCAGGACAGAGAUUCAGGAAUCAAUUCCAAGCUUCGGUUUGAAAUCAUGCCAGGGGCUUCCUUUGGGUUGUUCGAGAUCAAUCCUGACACUGGAGAGGUAGUGACAACUACCACAUUUGACAGAGAAGUUCAGGAUGCUUUUGCCCUUCAAGUACUAGUGCGAGAUGAGGGCGUCCCAUCAUUGUCCAGCACCACAACUAUCGUCUGCACUGUUGAAGAUGAGAAUGAUCACGCGCCAGAGUUCAUUGUCCCCAUUCAUGACAUUGAGGUCCUGGAAAACCAAAAGCCAGAGGUUGUCUAUACUGUUUGGGCCUCUGAUAUGGAUGCUGGCCAAAAUGCAGCCAUCAGAUUUCACAUAAUCGAUGGAAACACCAAUGCGUACUUUGCUAUUCAUGAAACUUCAGGAGAACUCUCUACCACUCGGGCUUUGGACCGGGAGCAGGUCAACAAUUUUACCCUCAUCAUCCUGUGCUCUGACCUGGGGGCUCCUCCUCGAAGCUCUGUGAUACAGUUGCAAGUUAGGGUUUUGGAUGACAAUGACCACAGCCCAUCUUUCCCAGUCCCUCAUUACCGGUCCUCUGUGAGAGAAGAUGCUGAAAUCGGAACCGUGGUUCUGGUGCUGUCUGCUGGGGACGAGGAUGAAGGCCUGAAUGGGCAGAUUGAAUAUUUCCUAUUGGACAAGUCGUCUGGUGCCUUCACCAUUGACCCUGCCGCAGGUAUACUGAGAACUGCGCACACCCUUGAUCGAGAAGCCUGGUCUCAGCAUACAUUUCAGGUGGUGGCCAGAGACUGCAGCAUCCGAGGUUCAAGAAGCACUACUGUGAUCAUAGAGGUAUCUGUCACUGACGUUAAUGACAAUGAUCCAGUUUGGGACCAGAACCCGUUUGAGGCUUUUCUUCCCCCCCAGUCAUCUACAAACCAGACAAUUGCUAUUCUGAGAGCUGACGACCCAGAUUUGGGGCCCAAUGGAACUGUCACUUUCAGUUUUGCAGACAGUCAGUCCAUGUUUUCUCUUGAUCGAUAUACAGGAGAAAUUAAACUUCAGCAAAAUCCAUUGUCAGAACAUUUCCCUCUCUGGCUGAGGUUAAAAGUUACAGAUCAAGGGGUCCCAGGCAGGACAACCACUGGUCUCUUAGUCAUUCACAAGGAAGAAGAAGAUGUAAAGAUUUCCUUUAGUCACCGUCAAUAUAAAGGAUUCGUGACUGAAAAUUGUGAGGCAGGUACUUCUAUCCUGACUGUGAAAGCUUUUGCUUCCGACUCAAUUCAGGAUGGUAUUAAAUACUCAAUUUUUAGUGGAAAUGAAGAUGGAGUUUGUUCCCUGGGCUCCAAUUCAGGACAACUCACUGUGAAAGAACCCCAAUUCCUCGAUUUUGAAGUCAGAAAUGAAAUGCAACUCAUCAUUGUAGCUGAAAGUGGCGGGCACAGAGCCUACAGCAAAGUCGCAGUCUUGAUACAGGAUGUGAAUGACAACUCGCCAUGCUUUGGGCAAAGGUUUUAUCAAGUUUCAGUGUCCGAAGGCCAGCCCUACAACACUCACAUCAUACAGGUUUUUGCUACUGACCUGGACAGUGGGUUAAAUGGCCUUAUUGAGUAUUCCAUUCUCUCGGGCAACCAAGAAGAAGCCUUCCAGAUUGAUGCUCUGAGCGGGGUGAUAACAGCAAAUUCGAUUCUGGAUUACGAGGCCACCAGCUCCUACAGAUUGAUCGUGCAAGCCACGGAUAAAGGGCUGCCCAGGCUUUCUGAUACAACUAUGAUCGAGAUUCGAGUGAUUGAUAUAAAUGACAAUGCUCCAGUUUUUGUCCCCUCUGAAGCAGUAGAAAUUGCAGAAAAUUCUUUGCCUGGUGUAAUUGUGUCUCGGGUAUCAGUUCAUGAUGCGGAUUUGAAUCCAGCUUUCAUCUUCAGUUUCACAAAAGACAGUAACCCUGGAGCCAAAUUUGCCAUUGAUCAGAACACUGGGAGAGUGGUAUUGAUAAAAACAUUGGAUUUUGAAGAAGCUUCUGAAUACAAGUUGUUCGUUCAAAUUUCUGAUUCAGUGUACCACACAGAGGGAUCCCUCACCAUCUCUGUGUUGGAUGUCAACGACAACCCACCAGUGUUUUCUCAAGAUUUCUAUCAGGUCACAGUUCCUGAAUUGAUUCCUCUGGGGUACUCAGUGUUGACUGUGUCAGCCUCAGACUUAGAAGGCAAUGAGACCAUUUCUUAUAGAAUCCUUUCCUCUUCUAAGGAAUUUGCCAUUGAUCCCAUGAAUGGAACAAUAUUUACUACCAGCCCUAUAUUACCUCUGGAUAAAAUAUCAACAAUUCGAUUUCUUGUGGAAGCCAGCGAUGGUGGAAUUCCUGACCUGAGGGCUCUUACGUUAGUGGAGAUAAAAAUACAAGAUGUGAAUAACCAUGCCCCAGAGUUUAUAGUCGAGUACCAUAACCUUAGUUUGACUGAAGAUGCUCUGAUCGGAAGCACACUCAUGACUCUUUCAACCAUUGACCUUGAUUGGACCUAUGAAAACACACAAGUUGAAUAUUCCAUCAUCAGCGGUAAUUCACAGAACAACUUCCAUGUGGAAACUAGUUUCAUUCAUUCAGAAUAUCCUUCGAAGCAAGCUGGUUAUCUUGUGUUGCUUCGCAAUCUAGACAGAGAAGCAAGUGCCAGCCACGAGCUUGUCAUUCUAGCCUCUGACCAUGGUUGCCCUCCUAUGAGUUCCACAACUGUCGUAUACAUACAAGUGCUUGAUGUUGACGACAACCCACCCAAAUUCAGCAGUCUGAAAUAUCAUGCCCACGUCAAGGAAAGCACGCCGCUAGGGAGCCACAUCACUGUUGUCUCAGCAAGUGACUGUGAUGUGGGUUCACAUGCAGAAAUCGUCUACCACAUAAUCUCGGGAAAUGAGAAAGAGCAUUUUCACUUGGAAGAAAAAUCAGGAGUCCUUUAUUUGAUUAAGCCUCUGGAUUAUGAAGAAACGGUAACAUUCACUUUAACUGUCCAAGCUUCAGAUGAAGAAAAGAAGCACUUUUCUUUUGCAGUCGUGUCUAUCAGUGUCUUAGACGAUAACGAUCAUGUGCCUCAGUUUAUGUCCCCAAACAUGAAUUGUGUUGUUCCUGAGAAUCUCCCUAUUUUCUCCACCAUAUGUUCUAUAAAUGCUUUGGAUUUUGAUGCUGGUCCUUAUGGAGAAUUGACCUACUCUAUUUUAUCACCUUGUUUUGUCACUCAUGGAAUUCCUCCUGAUCAGGACCUUUUCAUCAUUGACCCUUUAACAGGAGAUAUUCGUGCUAAGCAAAUCCUUGACUAUGAAAAUGUCAGUAAGUACUGCCUCACAGUUCAGGCCAAAGACAAAGGUGGAUCAACAGCCUCCUUAAUGUUGUGGGUGGACAUUGAAGGGAUAGAUGAAUUUGAACCCAUUUUCACUCAAGAUGAAUAUUUUUUCAACCACCUAGAAAAGAAUCAAGGAAGGCAGUUGAUUGGAAGAGUGGAAGCCUCAGAUGCAGACGCUGGUACCGACGGAGUCAUUCUUUACUCCCUUGGAACUCCAUCUCCUUUCUUUGCCAUAAAUGAAACAAAUGGAAAUGUUUACUGGAUUAGAGGCACUCCCCUCAUACAAAGUCAAGCCAUCAGAGAACACACCUUUGAAAUGAAAGUCAUCGCCCAUAGCCCCAAACCCGACUCCAAGUUCGCGUCUUGCACCGUGUUUGUAAACGUGUCUUUGUCCUCUGAUGGAAAACAUGCAGCGAUAUCUGCUGACAGCUUUUUGAUCAGCCUCACAGUCUCCUUUUUAGUGUUUCUGUCACUCAUCGGCAUUCUCCUUGUACUGAUACUAAGACACAAACAGAAAGACACACGACGCAACUGUGAGGAGAAGAAAGCAUCGUCGUCCUUAGGAAGCAAUUUGAGUCUGACCAGGGAGGCCGGUAUGCUCCGGGGCUUCCAGAAAACCAGCAAGUGCCAUCAAGAGGUACCUGUGCAAGCCGUGCCUGAGUGGUUGAGCUUACUAAGCAUCAUGGAGAAGGACAUGAUCAACCUGUACAGGCACUCAAACUCCAGCGGCCACUGUUCUGUGGAAGGAGAAACUGCAGAAGAUAAAGAAAUCCAGAGGAUAAAUGAGCAUCCUUAUAGAAAGGACUCGGACUCGGCGUUGAGUGAUCGGGGGUCCAGGGUGCCUGACUCGGGAAUCCCCCGGGACUCAGACCAGCUCUCCUGCCUGUCUGGGGAAACAGAUGUGAUGGCCACGGUCGAAGCUGCAGAAGCCAGCCAGACGUUUGAGGACAGAGAUGGUGGGGAAAGCUGCAGCACCCUCUAUGUUCAAAAUACGGGGUCACCCCAGCCACUUCAGAAGAGAGAGGUGAAAGAGGGUGUCCUGGCUGACGUCAGGAAAGAGUCUAUCUUUAUGUCAAGUGAUCAGGAAGCAAGAUGCGCAGCUUUUCCAACUCAGAUAACCUUCAAUCAUGAUCUGAGAGGCAGCUCCACCUGGGAUUAUCUGCUCAGUUGGGAACCCAAGUUCCAACCUCUUGCCUCAGUGUUUAAUGAUAUUGCAAAACUAAAGGACGAGCAUUUACAUCUGCCUGGCAUCCCAAAAGAGAAGUCUUUUGUUUUCCCACCGCCUUUGAUAACAGCGGUAGCCCAGCCUGGGAUUAAAGCAGUUCCACCAAGAAUGCCAGCCAUAGCCCCAGGUCAGGUCAUUCAGAAAUACCCACGCUCCCCAAUUCUCUGCCACCCCGGUUCUCUCUCGGAAGCCAUGGCUCCUAGCUUUUCUCCAUCUCUCUCCCUACUGGCCGUGCAGACUCCUGCCAGGUCGCCCCUGUUGUCAGAUGGGGAGUUAUUAGGACCACACCUCCGUGGUGCAACCCCUGAACUGAAAGCUGAAGAUGAAGUUCAAAUAUAA